AUGCACUCGUGUCGACCCGAGACCUUGAAGAUUGACAUCUCCAAGUGUAGGGGAGUCGAAGAGAACUCCAUCUUGAGAUGGUUCGACGAAUUAGACGACGCCAUAAGGGCGCGUCGCAUCGACUAUGGGGAUAUGCAAGUUUCAUUUGACCAGUCAAAUCUGGCAGGACGUGCCAAGACUUGGGCACUGGGGCUCAAGUUGCACGACCCAUAUGCGUUUGAGUCGUUGGAAGUCUUCAAGUCGCGGUCAAGACAAACGUUUGAACCGCCUAGAGCUGAGUUCAGAGCUCGAACCGAACUCUUGAAGCUCAAACAGGGUGAGCGUGAUGUGCACGCUUACGCUUAA